CAUAUUAAAGUUGCGCAUACUGCUACAUGUAUAUAUACCCUCAAAAUGAUGCUCUCAUGUAUAAGGUUAAAGAAACAGCGUUAAACAUAUUUAAGUCAGACUUAUUUGCGGUAGUGACAUUUUCAAAAUGGAAGUGCAAGCCGCAGUAUUGUUUCUUGUGCUGUUGAAUUUCCAGUCUAUAUAUUGCGAAUUUCCUAUUGAGUAUGUUGACUGUGAAAGGUUUCCUGACUUUGUUUUCCGUGAUCUGGUUUGCAGAAAUAACGUCUUGUUUCAGAUACCUGACCGAGACAAUUUCCAAAGUGUUGUACAAGAGACAUGCAGGAACGAGGCGCUAAAAGUAUCUUACAUGAAUUGCAUGAACGCAUUGUCUGGCAAAUGUCCAGAGCAAUAUGUCGAGGUGGCUGCUUCUAUAAGAAAGAAAAUGGACAUGUUUUGUGACGGCAAUGACGUCACACAGCGUUUCCAAUCAGUGGCUCAAGACAUGAAUUCCUUCAAUUACACUUGCUCUGAGGCUUUCGUGCAAACAAUAUACACCAACUGUAAUACUGAGUUCCUCACUCAGAAUGGAUUAAAUCCUUCAUUCCUCGAUUCUUUUGAAACGGCGUCUGAAGUCUCUCCACGGCUGAUGAGCGCUGUAUUUCAUUGUACAAAGACGAAAUUGGCACAUAACUCAGCUCGGAGUGAAAAAUGUGGCAGCUCUUGGCAACAGACCUUACUUAACUUUUGGUUACAAGAGCUAUUUAGGGGGAGCAUAUUUAUUAACUUAUCCAGUGCAGAUGAACAAGAGCUUCUGGCUUUAGCGAGUGACUAAUGCAAAGCAAAUUGCUCUUCUUUGAUCGACUGAGCAGCAUACUUGAGUUUUCUAUUGUCGCAUCGCAUCUAU